AUGUUGGAAGAAUUUAUCAAAGCAUAUCUUCAUAUAUGUUCUGAUGGUGAUCUAGUUGCUGAACGGCAUGAAUUAGUUGAUUAUUGUAAGAAGAAAAAUCUUGAUCAAAAUUUGGUCCAGCAAUGGAUCGAUCGUUUUGAUGUUGAUAAAGAUGAUCAAAUAACAAUCGAAGAAUUUUGUCGGGCAUUAGGCCUAAAUCAAUCAGAAAUGUGUGUAGAAAAAAUUCAACGUAGUAAAGUAAAUGUUGCAUCAACACCGAAACCUUCAAAAGAUUUUGAAAUUAUUCUAUCAAAAAUGUCACCACAAGCUGAAUAUGAUAUAACUGAACAUACGAUAAAAACAAUUAACAAUACUACUACUACUACUACUACUACUACUACUACUACUACUACUAAUAAUAAUAAUAAUAAUAAUAAUAAUAAUAAUGACCUUUUGAUUGUACAUAGGAUUGUGUUAUUAGAAGUGUGUAUAUUUGACUAUGAAAAAGUGUCACUUUUUAUUGUUUGGAUGAAACAAAAAGAUGAUUGA